ACAGUAUAUCUUGUAAUGAUCAGUUGAACUUUACUGAGUGUAUUACUAACAUACCAGCUGGUAAUAACUUAACACUGUAUGCAUGUGAAUCAAUGGAGGACUGUACUACUAAUCCUGCUGCUGUAUUAACUGGUAUUGAUAUUGAUGACUUGACGUCUUCAGUUUUAAUGUCAUCGGUUCAUUCAUCAUCUGUAAUGCCUUUUCCACAUAUAACAAAUAGUUUAGUUACAUCAUCGAUUUCAUAUUCAAGCUCUAAAUUAGAUAUAUUAACUGAAACAAUUUUGCCUACUAUACAUGUAAAUUCAACAAUGUCAUCAAAUUCCUCAAACAGUGGAGUAAUUGCUUUAAUUUGUGGUAUUUUUGCAGCAGUAGUAUUUUUAAUUAUUGUUGUGGCAGUAAGUAUUAGCCUCACAGUUCGAUAUUAUAGUAAAAAGAAAAAAGGAAAGAAACCAAUCAGUACCAGCAGCACUUAUGUUUCAGCUCCACCAAAUAACCCAAUUCAAUUGAAUUACAUUGACAUUGAACCUGAUCCUAAUGCUCCUCCAGUGCCGCCAGCAUAUGACCCUAACCCAUCUGCUUACUCUGAUAUCAAACCUGAGAUCACAGAAACUUAUGACAUACUAGGACACAAUCAUGAACAUGUUCAUCCUUCGCUUCCUAAUGAUGGAACAUAUUCCAGACUUAACAUUGAAGGAAUUCCUGUCUAUGAUGAAUGUCAACAUAAUGGUGAUGCAACAAUGAAGCCACAGCCAUUACAAUCACAUCAUGGUGAAUAUUCUCAGUUGAAUGUGGGGCAACAAAUGUCAUUUCUUGGAAGUUCUUUAGUGACUGAUCAAUAUUCUAGUGUUCUAGACAGGACACCUAUUGCCAAUGGCAUUCCUCUUGUUCAAAAAAAUUUAACACACAAAGACCUAUCUCUUUAUGUCAUUCCUCAUUUAACAAGUAAAUGGUGUGAAGUGGGACUGGCGUUAGCACUGACUCCUCCCCAGCUUGAUGAUAUAGAGGAGAAUAACCAAGGAAUAAGCGACGUGUUUCAAUUGUGGGAGGAUCUUGCUACACGUCCAUUUACAUGGGAGACUUUACUAAACGCACUCAGAUCUUCAACUGUCAAUGAGUCUCAGUUUGCAAAUAAGCUGCUAGAAUUAUAAUUACCAGUAUGCAUGUUUGACUUUUAAAAAUAAUUAUAGUAAUUUUAUUGUGUUCAUUUUAAAUUGAUGAUGUUUUUGAGCUACUU